AUGGUGGUCAACAAGCUAACCCUGCACCACAACUGUUUCUGCUGUAAGCACUGUCAGAAGAAGCUCAGAUACAGCACUCACAACUAUUCAUCUCUGUAUGGAGAGUUCUACUGCAUUUCCCACUACCAGCAGCUGUUCAAGAGAAAAGGGAACUACGAUGAAGGAUUUGGGCACACACAACAUAAGGACCGCUGGCUUCACAAAGAUAAAGGAACAGAUGAGCCCGACGCCCGGGCCACGCCAAAUAUUACCAAACACAACUCAAAUGUAUCUGUUGACCUGGUUAGUGCAAAGGCGACCGUAACCGAGUGUAGACAUAAGAGUGCUGCUGAUGUAAAGGGUAAGCUGAAAGUAAGAUGGCCGCCAGAGAAGACCACUACCAGGGUGAGUCCAACACAGCCAACAAAUGUGCCUGUGCUGAAAAGUAAGGUGUACAGCGCUGGCAAAAAUGCUACAGCUGGUGUGUCCGAGCGUUGGAGGAGCGACAAACCUGACUACAGGAGAGAAGCAACAGACAAGGGAGGGAAGGGACACUUCAAGACAGCAAGUUUGAUCUCAAAUGAGGAGCUGCGCUCAGAAAAACCAGAGUCAAAAGCAGCCUCAUUCCAAAUCCCCACCCCUCUAAUCGAACGCAAAAAUCCUUUACCUAGCACAGCAAAGAAUAUGUCUGUGAGUCACCAAAGACCAGUUCAGACCAGAAUGGCGACCCUUUCAAAACCAAACAAUGGUCCAGUUUCUAACAAACGGGAAGCGUCUCCAAAUAAGGUUAGGAAAACUGUACGUUUUGCUCAGAAUGUUGACGUGGCUUUGUGCGACCAGUCCAGCCAGCUAAACUCUGGAGCUGAAAAUGAAAACUUCCCACAUCAGUUUGAGCAACGUCUCACAAAUAGCUCCAUGGAUGCAACAGAGAUCAAAGACAUGGAUGGGGAUCCUUCAAGCAAUGGGGUCAGAGAAAGUGAUGUAAACCUUGAAACCACUAACUAUCAAGACAGUGAAGAUCCAGCAACCGGUCUGGGCCAGGAGAAUGAUGCCAAGAUGGAGAGCAGGCAAGAGAUACCACAAACGGAUGAUGCAACUCUGACUGAAGAUGUUAAGGAGGUCAAUGACCCACUUGAUUUUCAAAGUCACACAGAAACAUCCAGUUUAACUGAAGACAAUACAGGACAAAACGAACCACCCGAGAGACCAGAUGUUGCUUCAGCGUAUCAGGUCCGUAAAUAUGAUUCUGAGGAUCUGAGAGCUCCACAAGAUCCUGCAGGACGUGUGAUCGGAGAGGAGGUCAGUCCUGACAUGACUGAAAACCAGUUAGCAACAACUGGUUCAAACAGUGAUAAAGACAACAGUCAGAAUCAGAAGAAGCCUCUGGCAAGGACGAGCUCAAAAUCUAAACUGGGAUCCUGGUCUAAAGGAAGGAGCCCUUUGACAAAACUCUUCACAUCGACUGGCAAUGACAAAGCAGCAAAAGCAGAUCCCAAGGAUGCAAAGAAAGCUGAUGGGAAAUCUAGUGGUGGACUUUUAGGAAGACUGUUUCAAUCCUCCUUUGACGCCACAAAAACAUCCGCACAACAAGAAAAAAAUACCAAAAUACAUACUGAUGACGAGAAGGUAGAGAACGAACCAACCACUACGUCAGAAGAGAAUCAGGAGAAGCAAAACCUUUUUGAAGUUGCACCUUUGGAACCAGAUGCUGCAAAUCAGACCAACUUACAGUGUUCUGAGGAAACUCACGGCCCGUUUAUGGAGCAAGACAAUUCACCCAAGACCUCCAUCAAAGACGCCAGUGAGGACCUGAAAACUCCAGAGAACACCGAUGAAGGUCCAGUUGAUGAAGGAUCAGAAUUACAAAUCAGUGUAGUCACAGACCAGUCUGCAAGUGAUCCAGUAGAGCAGCCUGGGGUCGUCCUAUCUGACACGCAUUUAAUGAACCUAAUGCCCGAGGAAUCAGUCACUGAGUGCAAACCUGAAGGAAGCAGUGAUGACAGUUCAAUUCAUCCAGUUUUGGAUGAUAAUUGUGGAGAAGUUAUGAGCACAGCCCAGGUGGGCGAGGCCUCUGUUGAGAUAAAUUCAGAUGAAUCUUCUCAAAAUUCAAACAAACUGCCUGAUGCACCUGAAGCAAAGGGAGGAAACCUAAUCAGUGAAGCACUUUUCGGUCCUAGCAAGGAAAAUCCACAAGAUCCCACCAGUUUAUUUAAUUUGUCUGACAGCGCCAACGUUGACGGUUCCUCCUCCUCUCUGACUGCCUCAGCUGAGACUGCAGCAGCGUUUCCUGAUGAUUUCAGUCUGAUAGACACUCAGCCUCUGUCAGCUGAGACUGCAGCAGCGUUUCCUGAUGAUUUCAGUCUGAUAGACACUCAGCCUCUAUCAGCUGAGACUCAGUUAUUACCAGCAAUGACAGAUCCACCAAGCGUCCACGACUCAGCACCUGUAAAGCAAGACGAUAACCCAGAUCCAUUCAGUGCAGUCAACCAGAUGAGUGACAAGAUUGCUGACUUAGACAUAUUCAGCUCAAACGAUUUGUUCUCUCAGCCUAUUGUCUUUGAUGCAGCCGACCAUCAAGAAGCAGAAGCUUCCACAAAUCAGUUUUCUGCCUUUCCUGACGACAUCUUUGGAGUUGGCCAGUUCUCAGACAAUGCAGAUGUGUUUCCAAUGCAACCAAACAAUCCCCACAUUUCCAAUUCACUAAAUGAUUUACUCGGGUCUGACGCAUCAUCUACUAUGGCCCCUUCCAACCAGGUAGAUCUUUUUGCUGAAGACAUUUUUGCCUUAGAUGUACAGGUACUCCCUGAAGCAGAGCAAAGUAAUGCUAAUGGGUUUGAGGAUGGUUUGUUGGCCUCUGAAGGCAGCAACACCGAGCAGAAAUCAGAGAGCAGCAGCUGGAUGGAUGAUCUGCUUGGGUAAAGCCAGGCUUUUGCUUUAACUUCUGUUUAUACAUUCCCUUGCAAACCAGAUGAAAUAAUGCAAUAUACAAAUCAGCUGUAAUUCUUAAGAUAAAUUAAUUUUUUUUUACAAGUUUACACUGAAAUCAGUUUGGAAACCCCUUGUUUGUUUGGUAUUCAUGCAUUUUCAAUUUUCAGAAAUUUAUUUUUGUGCGUGUAUAGAAUGACCUUUGGAUGACCUUUUCUGAAUAAACUUGCUGGA